UUGCGUUUUGAGAGUGUGGAGUGACCUUUUGUUCUGGUGCUCUUGUUCAAGUGACAAUGACAGCCUGUCUAUCAAGAUGCAUGGAACCCGCCCCAUUCACCCCUCCUGCUCCCUGGCCGUAGCAAGCAGGGAGCAGUGAAGACGAGGUAGCUAGUUUUGAAGCCGUGGCAUAAAUGAUCUCAUCUCAGCCCGAUCCCCGCUUUCUACAGAGGAUCCUAUGACCAACACCGGAAUAAAGUAAAAAUAAAGGAGCCUUGCUUCAGACUGGCCUAAAAUGGGCAGAAAGGGUGCAGAACAAAAGCUGCUUGUUGCUUGUACAAAAGUACUGAAGCGCUGCAGCCGGGACCAAGCUGCUAUGCUAAUGCCUGUGCCUCUCAACAGGAAAGAGAGCCAAAAUGUUCCCGAAGGGCACGAAGCGCAAGUUUUCCGACUCCAGGGAGGAACCUGUGGCAGGCGGUGAGGAUGUGAAUCAGUCAAGUUUGGCAGCUGUGAGGAUGCUGUCGUCCUACAGCCUGCAGCGGCAGUCCCUGCUGGACAUGUCCCUGAUCAAACUGCAGCUGUGCCACAUGCUGGUGGAGCCUAAUCUAUGCCGUUCGGUGCUGAUUGCCAACACGGUGAGGCAGAUCCAGGAGGAGAUGACCCAGGACGGCACCUGGCAGAUCAUGACCCAGGCCCUGAGUGCUGCCAACGCUGCUGCCCAGUGCUCUGCAGACCGCCUGGUGGCCACCGAGGUGCUGUGCCGGCAGACAGAGGCAGCCCAGGGGGAGCAGGUCCCCAAGCCCUUCCCAGUGGUGGGUUCAGAGGGCUGCCCUGCGGAGGAGGUGCUGGAGGAGGAGGCGGCAGCGGCAGAGGUUGGGAUGACUAUGUCCACUGUCUCCCCCCAAGCCCCAACCUCCUACCUGCCAGGCACCUUUGGCAUGGACCCCUGCUGGGAAGAGGAGGAGACAGGUGAAGAUGAUGAUGAUGAUGAGGAGGAGGAGGAGGAGGACAGUGAGGAGUGUGGGUCUGGCUCAGAGGGGGAGGAGAGGGAGCGUGACAGCCUGGUGGAGGACACCAGGACAGCAGAGCAGGUCUUUGGCACGUUCGAGAUCAAAAACCCUGCGCCCAGCCCCGACCCUGCUCUGGAGGAACUGUUUUCAGACGUGGAUGCGUCUUACUACGACCUUGAUACAGUGCUGACAGGAAUGCAGAGCGUUCCUAAGAUGGGGCCCUAUGACCUCCUGGAGAGCCUGUCCUCCCAUGGGCCCUCACCCCUCAGUUCCAGCACCAGCUGCCGAUCAGACCUCAAUGAACUGGACCACAUCAUGGAGAUCAUAGUGGGCUCCUGAGAAACAACACACUUUCUUGCAUACUUACUUUGACUCUUUACAGACUGUGCACGUGGUGCGUAUAUUUGGAUAUGGUGUUAUUAUACGUUCAGAUGUUGAGGGUUUAUGAAAUCAAGAACUUAUUCAGUGUUACGACAUGCAGCUGUGCAUCUCUAAGUGGGCAGAGAUUACAACCUAUACCAUUAUGAUUUUUCUUAUUUGACAUAAUUUUCUAUAUUUCUUUUUGUCAUACAAUCUAUUUUUCCAGUUUUGUUUUUAUUUAUUGUAAUAUGUAUGGACUGAAGAACAAUGUCAUUACACUACACACAAAUAGACCCGAACAUCCAAUCUUCUGAAGCGAUGCAUAUUUUCCUAAAGAGUAAAACAAAUAUUAGUGAAACAUGUAUGUACAGUUGAAGUCGGAAGUUUACAUACACCUUAGCCAAAUACAUUUAAACUCAGUUUUUCACAAUUCCUGACAUUUCAUUCUAGUAAAAAAUUCCCUGUCUUAGGUCA